UUAAUGGAUUCCACAACCCACCCGAAUUGAUUAAAGCGCAGCGCACGCACGCAGCGUUGAGAAUCUAAUCGUGAUUCCUCUCGUCUCUCCCAACAUUCAACACUAUAAGCCCUAGCACUGCACACUGCCGAACCACCCUCCGUCACUGCCUGAUCUCGCCGCUCCGACCACCGUCUCUCCGUCCACCACCGCCGCCGCACCCUGUCACCUUGUGUUGUUGAGUUUGGCAUCAAGAUGCCGGAUGUUCAUGUUCUUGUUAACGAUUUUGUCAAUCAGCUCAAAAAGCGUAAAAUUGAAGGUUCACAGGCCACAGCAAAGCAGACAGCAGAGUUGCUUCGGUCUGUGAUUUCGCAGCAGCGGUUGGCGCAGACGAACCAGGCUACGGCUCUAAUUAAUGCAGUAAGGGCUGUGGGGGAGAAGCUUAUUGCUGCUAAUCCUGUUGAGCUAGCUGUGGGGAAUAUUGUGAGGCGUGUUUUGCACAUUAUAAGAGAGGAGGAUCUUUCUCUUGCUACAGCUGCAAUAGCUGGUUUGGGGCUAUCAGGUGUAAGUGAUGAUGAAGAUGAUGUGGAGCGAGGUGAUCAUCCUGUUUUAUCUGCUGCUGCUGUUGCAGCUGCGGCAAGAAGUACCUUGCGUCCACCAUCAUUGCAAACUCUGCUAGAGGAUAUGCCUGAAACAGCCGCUAUUCCACACACAUCUUCCUCAGGGGGUGAUUCGGAAGGGAAAAGUAGAUCUGUUGAUAAAAGUUCAAGAGGUCGGAAGUUGAAGCAUGAUGUCAUUGAAGCCGUUAAUGAACUUAUUCAAGACAUUUCCAGUUGCUAUGAGCAAAUAGCUGAGCAAGCAGUAGAGCACAUUCAUCAGAAUGAGGUAAUAUUGACACUAGGCAGUUCAAAGACAGUGUUGGAAUUUCUUUAUGCUGCAAAGGAAAAAAAGAGAUCGUUUAAGGUCUUUGUUGCUGAAGGUGCUCCAAGAUAUCAGGGACAUCUCCUUGCGAAGGAAUUGGCUGCUAAAGGAUUACAGACCACAGUAAUCACGGAUUCUGCUGUUUUUGCCAUGAUUUCCAGAGUAAACAUGGUUAUAGUUGGAGCUCAUGCUGUCAUGGCUAAUGGUGGUAUUGUUGCCCCAGUUGGCUUAAACAUGGUUGCCCUGGCAGCUCAGAGGCAUGCUGUUCCUUUUGUUGUUCUCGCAGGGAGUCACAAGUUGUGCCCUUUGUAUCCGCACAAUCCUGAAGUGCUAUUGAAUGAGCUGCGAUCACCAUCUGAGCUACUUGACUUUGGGGAUUUCUCAGAUUGCUUGGAUUCUGCAAGCGGCGCUGGUUCGCUUCAUGUCGUUAAUCCAACAUUUGAUUAUGUUCCACCAAAACUUGUCAGUCUAUUCAUCACAGACAAGGGAGGGCAUAACCCAUCAUAUAUGUACCGGCUCAUAGCAGAUUACUACUCAUCUGAUGAUUUGGUGGUGAAACAAAGACGUGCUACAGGGAGUUGAGUUCAUCUACCCCAAUUUUUGUCAUAUAAAAGGUGUUUGUGAUGCUCUCUGAUGAGUCAUGUGAUAGAGAAUUAUGUUCACAAUCUUUUGUGCGGAAGGAAAUGAACCUUGUGAAAUGCUGGGGAUCGGAGUGGUGUAAUUAUAUACAGGGAAAGUAAUUUGUGAAAAUACCCAGUGAAACGCGAAAAAUUCCAUUUUUGUGGUUGCUGACCCACGGGGACACCCAUGUAUUCAUUUUUUCUGGGUUGGAAUCAAAGGGUUUUUUGUCUCCCAACUGUUUUUUUUUUUGCUUUUCUUUUUAACUACAUCUUUGUUUUACUCAUAAAAAAAUGAUAAUAGGAUCUUGAUCAUAAUAUAGAAGCUUUAUAGUCAUUGAAUUUUGUUUUAUAAUGCAAUUGUGAUAGUAUUUUUGUGUGA